AUGAUUGGCAGUUUGUUGGAAUUUAGGGAUGAGGCUGAUAACCUAGGGAUGAAGUUUGAUUUCAAACUGUCUAUGGAAAACCACAUAGUAAAUCUUGCAAAGAGAGCCACUAGUGAACCAACAUGUUUUUCAUUCAAUGCAGUAGUCACAUUUGAGUCUCAUACUUAUUAUUUGCCAGUCUGGAUUUGUUGGGUUAUCCUAGUUAGUGGUGAAACUGAUGAGAGAUCGUAUGUUGUGGUAGUGAUAUCCUCAGGUUCGCAACUCCCCUCACCUAUUGGCUACAUCAAUAAUAAUAGAUAUCAGUGUGGAAGAAGAAGAAGCAGCAGGAGUGUGUGGGUUGAACUUCAGACUGAACCUUCUCUUAUGCUUCAUUCUCUAAGAAUACCAGACAAGAAUGUUUCUCUUAGUGAAGUAAAUCUCGUUCUUUAUGACUCUCAAGAAAUAUGGGAGUCUGAGCUCAUUUGUAAAAAGUAUUUCUUUGAGGAAGAUAAGGACCAUACAAAGAACAUUGUGCCAUAUUUUGUUCAUUGUGUCAAAGAGAAUUAUCAAGAAAGAGAAACAUCAAAGCUGAAUGAGGGUUUCAUCGCAUUAAUGCAGUUAAUAAUCAAGUUACUUCUUAUUUUGUCGUGGAUUCCAAAAUUUGCUCUGGAAAACCUUCAUUCAGUAUUAGUGGUGAAGUUUGAUUAUUCAAGUAGCGCCCUGCAGCAGUUGCUACUGAGGAUCUCCCAGUUUGAGAAGCUGCAACAAGAAUUAAAAGCCAAGAAAAGAACCUUACUGUUGGGUCGCCUGGUCACCAUGAUAAUAGUGGAUAUAUUGAUUGGAGUUGCUGUAGCAUGUAUAAUCAGCAAUUAUGCAUCAGUGAAUGACAUAUACACUUACUUUUGUAGUUGGACGAAGUUGUUGGCUGGCAGUGUUCAUGGUCUCUUAGAGUGGCUGAGCGGUGUGCCUGCAGGUCUUAAACUAAACCAACCUCUCACUCAGGCACUCUCUGCAUUUUUCUCUUACCAUGUUCACCUCUGGAGGUUAUACCUAG